CGCGCUGACCGCGGCGGCGCCCGGGCCACGCCGCGCCGCCUCUCCCAGCCCUCGCGCAACUGUCAGGCCGAGCGGGGCCGGCGGAUAUUGGCUCCGCGACGCGCCGAGGCUCCUCCCCGAGUCUGGAUCUUUAUAUUUUGGGAGAAUUUCUUUGAACUCAGUUACCGAGCUCCGGGAAGGAGACAAGUUCCCACAGCCGGCGCGCCCCGCGGAGGCGCGGCGCGGCGCGGCGGGGCUCACCCGCCUUCCCCGCGGCGGCGGGUGCCUGAUCGCCCCCCACCUCGCUUCCCUCGUGGAGGAAAACGGACUCCCUUGGCUGGGGAGAAAUGCCAGGGAUCUGGAUGUGACCGUGAAAAGAGAACGUGUGACUGGAGGAGGCAGAAGAGGAGGAGGAAAAGCAUUAUUGGAAGAGAAGAAUAAACCAGCCACUCCAACCCGUUCUGCAAAUUAGUGCUAUUACUUCUGGGGUCCAUUGCUUUGAUUCUUUCCUUCCCCCCCACCCCAAAUUAAGGAACCUUGACUUGAGGGCCAAGAGCCAGCCCCCCGACAACUGGGGGGGGUACCCUUCUGGGUCGGAAGACCUUUUGGAUGUAGUGUUGGUGGAACAUUUAGACACUCUCUUCUGGAAAGGCCACCAUGAAUUCGGUAGCGGGGAAUAAAGAGAGGCUUGCGGUCUCCACCAGGGGCAAGAAAUACGGGGUGAAUGAAGUGUGCUCGCCCACCAAGCCCGCGGCGCCCUUCUCCCCCGAGAGCUGGUACCGGAAAGCAUACGAGGAGUCGCGCGCCGGGAACCGGCCCACCCCCGAGGGCGCGGGUUCGGCGCUCGGCUCGUCGGGGACCCCGUCCCCCGGCUCGGGCACCUCGUCCCCGAGCUCGUUCACAGGCUCCCCGGGCCCCGCCUCCCCGGGCAUUGGCACCAGCUCGCCGGGCUCCCUGGGCGGCUCGCCGGGCUUCGGCACGGGCUCCCCGGGCUCGGGCAGCGGCGGCGGCUCCUCCCCCGGCUCGGACCGCGGCGUCUGGUGCGAGAACUGCAACGCCCGCCUGGUGGAGCUGAAGAGGCAGGCGUUGAAGCUGCUGCUCCCGGGGCCCUUCCCGGGCAAGGACCCUGCUUUCUCGGCCGUGAUUCACGACAAGCUCCAGGUCCCCAACACCAUCCGGAAGGCAUGGAAUGACAAGGACAACCGCUGUGACAUUUGUGCCACACACCUGAACCAGCUGAAGCAGGAGGCCAUCCAGAUGGUGGUGACCUUGGAACAGGCAGCUGGCAGUGAGCAUUAUGAUGGCUCGCCUGGCUCGCCCCCAGCCCUCUCCAACAUGCCCACCCUGGUGGGGUCCCGGCACAUGGGUGGGCUGCAGCAGCCCAGAGAUUGGGCCUUUGUGCCUGCCUCCUAUGCCUCCCCCAACUACACGGCUUUCGUCACCAACAAGCACAGCAGCAAACCCAACAGCCUCGGGGUCAGCAACGGGGCCGAGAAGAAGAGUGGGUCCCCAACCCACCAGGCCAAGGUCAGCCUUCAGAUGGCCACCAGUCCCAGCAAUGGGAACAUCCUCAACUCAGUGGCCAUUCAGGCUCACCAGUACCUGGAUGGCACCUGGUCCCUGUCGAGAACCAACGGGGUCACCCUGUACCCAUACCAGAUCUCCCAGCUGAUGACGGAGACGGGCCGGGAGGGCCUCACCGAGGCAGCGCUGAAUCGCUACAAUGCAGACAAGCCUUCGGCCUGCGGCGUCCCGGCCUCACAGGGCUCCUGCGUGGCCAGCGAGACCUCCACAGGCACCUCGGUGGCCGCUUCCUUCUUCGCCAGGGCCGCCCAGAAGUUAAAUCUGUCUUCCAAAAAGAAGAAACACCGGCCUUCCACGUCUUCUGUGGCCGAGCCCCCGCUCUUUGCCACCAGCUUCAGUGGCAUCCUGCAGACCUGCCCUCCCCCGGCCCCGCCCUGUCUGCUGCGGGCCGUCAACAAGGUGAAGGACACGCCAGGCCUGGGCAAGGUGAAAGUCAUGCUUCGCAUCUGUUCCACGUUGGCCCGCGACACCUCCGAAUCCAGCUCAUUCUUAAAGGUGGACCCGCGGAAGAAGCAGAUCACCCUGUAUGACCCCCUGACCUGCGGAAGUCAAAACGUCUUCCAGAAGAGAGGCAACCAAGUUCCCCCUAAGAUGUUUGCCUUCGAUGCCGUGUUUCCUCAAGAUGCUUCUCAGGCCGAGGUGUGUGCUGCAACCGUGGCGGAGGUGAUCCAGUCUGUGGUCAACGGGGCGGACGGCUGCGUCUUCUGCUUCGGCCACGCCAAGCUGGGGAAAUCCUACACCAUGAUCGGAAAGGACGACUCCAUGCAGAACCUUGGCAUCAUCCCCUGUGCUAUCUCCUGGCUCUUCAAGCUGAUCAACGAACGCAAGGAAAAGACGGGAGCCCGCUUCUCGGUGCGGAUCUCAGCCGUGGAAGUGUGGGGCAAAGAGGAGAACCUGAAGGACCUGCUGUCUGAGGUGGCCACGGGCAGCCUGCAGGACGGCCAGUCCCCGGGCGUGUACCUGUGCGAGGACCCCAUCUGCGGCACGCAGCUGCAGAACCAGAGUGAGCUGCGGGCACCCACGGCAGAGAAGGCCGCCUUCUUCCUGGACGCCGCCAUCGCCUCCCGCCGCGGCAGCCAGCAGGACUGUGACGAAGAAGGCCACCGCAACUCGCACAUGCUCUUCACGCUGCACAUCUACCAGUACCGCAUGGAGAAGAGUGGGAAAGGAGGAAUGUCUGGAGGCCGCAGCCGCCUGCACCUCAUUGAUCUCGGCAGCUGUGUGAAAGCUCUUAGCAAGAAUCGGGAAGGAGGAUCAGGGCUAUGCCUCUCGCUGUCUGCGCUGGGCAAUGUCAUCCUGGCUCUUGUCAACGGCAGCAAACACAUCCCUUACAAAGAGAGCAAACUCACCAUGCUGUUGCGAGAGUCCCUGGGGAACGUGAACUGUCGCACCACCAUGAUCGCGCACAUCUCGGCGGCCGCCGGCAACUACGCAGAGACCCUGUCCACCAUCCAAAUCGCCUCGAGAGUCUUGAGGAUGAAGAAAAAGAAGACGAAGUACACGUCAAGCUCGUCCGGUGGGGAGAGCUCCUGCGAGGAAGGCAGGAUGCGAAGGCCCACCCAGCUGAGACCCUUCCACGCCAGGGCCGCGGGGGACCCGGACUUCCCCAUCCCCCCGCUGUCCAGCGACCCCGACUACUCCUCGAGCAGCGAGCAGUCCUGCGACACGGUCAUCUACAUCGGGCCCAACGGCACGGCCCUCUCCGACAAAGAGCUCACCGACAACGAGGGCCCCCCAGACUUUGUCCCCAUCGUGCCCGCCCUGCAGAAGGCACGGGGCGACGGCCGGCCCCCGGAGGCCGGAGGGGCUGCGGCCGGCAAGUCGGAAAGGGACUGUCUGAAGUGCAACACGUUUGCCGAGCUGCAGGAGAGGCUGGACUGUAUCGACGGCAGCGAGGAGCCCAGUCAGUUUCCUUUCGAAGAGCUGCCGGUCCAGUUUGGGGCCCAGCAAGCGGGCAAGGGUCCCCCGUUAAGCCAGGCGGCUGGGGCCAACCCACUCUGUGAGUCUGAGAAGGAAGAGGCCGGGUCCGACGGGCAGCCGACUGACAGAGAAGGCACCGACCCUCCCGCCUCCAAGAUGCAGAGGAAUCACUCGCCGGGCCCCACCCCGGCUCUGCCCGGCAGCCCCAGCCCUGCCUCGCCCAGGAGCAUCCCGGGCAGCGGCGGUGGCCAGCACGCUGCUUCCCAGCUCACGCAGAGCCCCAGCCUCCAGAGCAGCCGAGAAAGCCUGAACUCCUGUGGCUUCGUGGAAGGCAAGCCCAGGCCGAUGGGGUCCCCGCGGCUGGGCAUCGCCAGCCUGUCCAAGACCUCCGAGUACAAGCCGGCCAGCUCUCCCUCCCAGAGGUGCAAAGUCUACACCCAGAAGGGUGUCCUGCCCUCUCCUGCUCCCCUGCCAUCCUUCAGCAAGGACGCCUGCACGGCAUCCAGCGAGUCCCUGCUGCAGCCUGAGGUGCGAACCCCCCCGGUUGGAAUGAGCCCCCAGGUUCUGAAGAAGUCCAUGUCCGCUGGGAGCCAAGGGUUCCCCGAAAGCCCGGUCGAUGACGAGCACCAGGGGGCCACCUCUCCAGACCCCAAGAAGGAGGUCCUGAGCACCACGACGGUGACGGUGCAGCAGCCCCUGGAGCUGAACGGCGAGGACGAGCUGGUGUUCACACUGGUGGAGGAGCUGACCAUCAGCGGCGUCCUGGACGGCGGCCGCCCCACCAGCAUCAUCAGCUUCAACAGCGACUGCUCCGUGCAGGCCCUGGCCUCGGGCUCCCGGCCCGUCAGCAUCAUCGGCAGCAUCAGCGAGGAUCUCGAGUGCUACUCCAGCGUGGCCCCCGUGUCCGAGGUCAGCAUCACGCAGUUCCUGCCCCUCCCGAAGCUGACCCUGGACGAGAAGGCCCGCGAGGCCGGGAGCCAACGUUCCUCCAUCAGCUCCUGGCUGAGCGAGGUGAGCGCCGGCAGCGAUGGCGAGCAGUCCUGCCACAGUUUCAUCGCUCAGACGUGCUUCGGGCACGGGGAGGCCAUGGCCGAUCCUCCGGCCUCGGAGCUGGGCGGCGGCAUCCAGAGCAGCCCUGUGGUGUGCCGGGAGAAGCCCGAGGCGGGCCCCGACGGUUUGCUCAUCCUGUCUGACGUGGGGGAGGACUCUUUUGACAAGGCGACCCCCAUCCAGGGCUGCAAGAUAUCCACGCUGGGCAAGGCCAUGGUCACCAUCUCCAACACAGCAGACCUGAGCAGCUGCGAAGGGUACAUCCCCAUGAAGACCAACAUCACAGUCUACCCCUGCAUUGCCGUGAGCCCCCGGCCCGUCCAAGGGCCCGAGGUGUCCAUCGCCCCCGCGGUGAGCUCAGCGCCCAGAGCAGCCCAGCCCCAGGACAGCCGGGAAACCGGUGCGAAGACAGAGAUGAGAUUUGAGGACCCUUGGCUAAAACGGGAAGAGGAGAUAAAGAAAGAGAGCGCCUAUCCCGGUGAAGAAGGGGCCGGGUGUGAGGCCGCCACAGGCCCCCCCGCAAAGCCUGAGGCCAGAGCAGAGCAGCACAGGAAGGCCAGCCCUGGGGACAGGCUGAGCAGCAGCAGCGGUGAGGUGUCCGCUUCCCCCGGGAGCGACAACCUCAGGAGGGUUGCGGAUGGCUGUGAGAUGGCCCUGCCCGGUGUGGCCGCCCAGAGCCCCGUGCACCCCAACAGAGGCCUGAAGUCCAGCAGCCUUCCCAGGGCUUUCCAGAAGGCCAGCCGGCAGGAGGAGCCGGGCAGUCCGUUCUACCACUGCGCCGCGGAGACCAACGGGCUGGGCAGCGCCCAGGGCGCGUCGCCCUGCAAGGCGGCCCUGGAGAGGAAGGCGGCGUCGCCCAAGCACUGUAUGCUGGCCCGGCCCAAAGGGACGCCCCCUCUGCCGCCGGUCCGCAAGUCCAGCCUGGACCAGAAGAACCGGGCCAGCCCCCAGCACAGCGCCUGCAGCAGCGGCACCAGCAGCCCGUCGCACCCCCCGGCGCCCCUCCUGGCCCCGUUCCCGGAUGAGGCCGGCGGCCAGGCCAAGGAGGCCAGCAGCAGCAGCCGGCUGUUCAGCGCCAAGCUGGAGCAGCUGGCCAGCAGGACCAACUCCCUCGGCAGGGCCACCGUCAGCCACUACGAGUGCCUGUCGCUGGAGAGGGCCGAGAGCCUGUGCGCGGGGAGCUGGCGGGCGCACGCGGGCAAGGACAGCACGAUGCCCCGCGCGGGGAGGAGCCCGGGCCGCGGGGGCGCCGGGGCCUCGCCCACCGCCGCGCCCCCGCUGCCCUCGCCCUACAGCAAGGUGACGCCGCCGCGCCGGCCGCACCGCUGCAGCAGCGGCCACGGCAGCGACAACAGCAGCGUGCUGAGCGGCGAGCUGCCGCCCGCCAUGGGCAAGACGGCCCUGUUCUACCACAGCGGCGGCAGCAGCGGCUACGAGAGCGUGCCGCGCGACAGCGAGGCCACCGGCAGCGCGUCCUCCGCGCACGACUCCACGAGCGACAACAGCAGCUCCGUGGGCGGCCGCUGCCGCAGCCUCAAGGCCCCGAAGAAGCGCUCCAACUCAGGUUCUCAGAGACGGAGGCUCAUCCCUGCGCUGUCCCUGGACACCCCUUCCCCCGUAAGAAAACCCGCCAGCAGCACCGGGGUCCGCUGGGUGGACGGCCCCUUGCGCAGCACCCAGAGGGGCCUCGGGGAACCUUUUGAGAUUAAAGUCUACGAAAUCGAUGACGUGGAACGACUACAGCGGCGACGAGGGGGCAAUGGCAAGGAGGUCACGUGCUUCAACGCAAAGCUGAAAAUUCUGGAGCAUCGCCAGCAGAGAAUCGCCGAGGUCCGAGCCAAGUAUGAGUGGCUGAUGAAGGAGCUGGAGGUCACCAAGCAGCACCUGAUGCUGGAUCCCAACAAGUGGCUCCGAGAAUUUGACUUGGAGCAGGUCUGGGAGCUGGAUUCCCUGGAGUACCUCGAGGCGCUGGAGUGCGUGACGGAGCGCCUGGAGAGCCGUGUCAACUUCUGCAAGGCCCACCUCAUGAUGGUCACCUGCUUCGACAUCACCUCCCGGCGCCGGUGAGGCGCCGGCCUGGCCUGCCAGCCCCUGGCCCCCCGGGACCCCACAGCCAGCCCCUCGCCUGGCCCUUGGUGCCGGCGGCUGGGACACAGCAGAAGGAGGAUGAAGGUUGGUGCAAGUCUGGAGUGAGCGCUGAGCGGGAGGCAGUUUUCUGGUGUUUUCUGUAGGAAAGGUGCGAACACCACGCGUGUGGGAGGAGAAAACGAUGGAAAGCCCAAGGACGUGGAAGCCCCGUGAGACUGAAAAAAGCACUUUGAGGAACUUUCGAGAACUUGUUUAUACAGGGGUCCUGCUGGCAAGAGACCUCUCUCUUCUCUGGCUUUGUGGGGAGGGGCGAGGGUGCGCACGGGAUCGCUGUCGGGAGCGAGACCGGAACAGCGGAUCCCCCAGAGCGACUGAUUAAGUGCCUUGCAAAUCUUUAUUAUCCAAACCUUUCUGUUCAUACUUUCUCGUGUCCAGACGGUGCUGGUCCAGACGGAAACAACCACAAAACAAAACAAUCCCCAUGCGUUUUUUGAAAUGUAUUUGCAGCUCGUUUUCUCUUGGUGUUUGAUCCCAUUUCUGACUUGCUGUUUCUACGUAAGUAGUGUUUGUAGAUCUGUUCCCUAAUCGGUAUUGCUUAUGAAUAAAUGUUAACUGUCCUUUA